UCGAUAAUUUCGUGAAAUUUUUCAUACACGUUAUCAGUACAGAAAAGAAAAUAUACCUUAGUAGGCACACGCGGGCAGAGAAAAGCGUGAUUUGAUAAUAAUAUCAAAAUGAUAGCAAUAUCAUUGCUUUGUUCGUAUCGGAUUGGAUAACAACGUGGGGCUCCUAGACUGGUCCCUAUCCCGGUGCCUUGUAGUUCUAGAAAUAAAUCCUGGGCAGCUUCUGAAGUUAUUGCAACUAUUAAAAAUAUCUAAAUAUGAAGUCGUAUAUACUACCAUUGAUGUUCUUAUCAGUUAUAUGCACAGCCUCGGCUUACCAUAUUCUAUGUCUUCACCACAUACCAUCUAUGAGUCACCACAAUCUGGGAAAGGGAAUAGUGAAAGCUUUAUUAAAAGCUGGUCAUAAGAUAACCUGGGUGACUCCAUAUCCGGAUAAAACCUUAGAUAACUCCAACAUAACUGUGAUAGACGUGAGUGACGUCAUCGAAGCCACUGGUCCGCUAGACGUGAAGCUCAGCCGUAUAACAAGCAUGUCGACGAUCAAAGAGAUAACUAGAAACAUAUCCCAAGCGACCUUACACGUCAAGCAGUUCAGGGAAGCGUUAGUGAAGAACCAGUAUGAUGCCGUGGUGUCUGAGUGGUUCAUGUCAGACGUAGAGGCUGGUUAUGCAGCGAUACAGCAAGUUCCGUGGAUAUUAAUCAGCACCAUAGUGAUGCACCCCCAUUUGGAGUUCCUGGUGGAUACAGUCCGUUCGGUCCCAACGCACCCCAUGAUAAUGUUUGAUUUCCCUAUUCCCAUGGGGUUGAAACAUCGGCUGAUGAAUAGCGCAGUCUAUAUACUAACGGCUUCAGAUACUUGGUGGGACCGUUCAUUCAACGAAGCCCUCUACAAAUCUUCCUUCGAGCCCUUAGCGAAGGCUCGUAGAGUGACCCUACCCCCCUACUUGCAAGCUUUAUUCAAUAUCUCCAUACUAUUUGUUAAUUCCCAUCCCUCAUUCUCCGCAGCCCAGAGCUUACCACCCAAUGUAAUUGAAAUUGGUGGCUACCAUAUUGACGAAGAUACUCCCACGUUACCUGAGGAUCUCCAGAAAAUUUUGGACUCAUCACCCCAAGGCGCGAUCUACUUCAGCAUGGGCUCAUUGUUGAAAUCCUCGUCCUUACCCGAUGAAGUGAAGCAAGGUCUCAUCAAAAUGCUGGGUGAACUCCCGUACACCGUGAUCUGGAAGUACGAGGAAGAAAUUAAAAAUCUUCCAAAGAACAUUCAUGUCAGGAAGUGGAUGCCACAGAAUAGCAUAUUGGCACAUCCAAAUACCAGAGUGUUCAUAUCACACGCUGGGCUCCUCAGUACUCUUGAAGCACUUCAUUACGGAGUGCCCAUGCUGGCUAUCCCGAUCAACGGAGACCAGCCACGCAACGCGAAUAGUGCGGUCAGCAACGGGAGAGCCAUUAAAGUGGAACUAGGACCAGAUAUGGUGCCCGAAGUCAAGGCUGGUCUGAUGGAAUUAUUCAAUAACGCAAGCUACUAUAACAGAAUGCAAUAUUUAUCGAAGCUGUUUCGCAUAAGACCCGUCUCGCCUUCAAAGCUGAUAUCGCACUACGUGGAGCUCGCGAUUGAAACUAAAGGUGCACACCACAUCCGCUCUCCAGCGCUACAAUAUGAGUGGUACCAGCUCUUGAUGCUGGACCAGUUGCUCGUCUUAUUCAUUGUUUUAUACUUCUUAUAUUCGAUAGUAAAAAUAGUGUUUAAACUCUUAAAAUAUUUUAUAAACAUGUUUAAGCAAAAUGUUAAAGAAAAAACGAAGUAG